UAAUGUAAAUACAAUGAACUGAUCGUCGCACAAGAUUUUUUUUGACUCCGAGGCACAAAAUGUAAUAAUUUUAUAAAAAUGGAUACUACCAUAAAUAAUAAUUCUAAAACUAACAUUAAAAACUUAUGGAAAAUAUAUCCUAAUAAUGAUUAUCAGAAACAUGUUAAAAUCGAUUCAGCUGACGAUUUGGAAGGUAUAGAAAUUCUUAUGGAAGAUUUAGAAAAAAGAAAAGAAGUAUGUGGAAUAUGUGGAGAAUGUAAUGAACCAGGAACAGGAUUUAUGUGGUGUCAACCUUGUAACGCUAAAAGAUUUAAGGAAAAUUUUAAAAAUUGGACUAGUGGAAGUGAAGUUGUUGAUGAAGUUAUACAACAAUCACAAUGUAAUGCCGUACAUUAUGAAAAAUGUCUUGAGUGGGUACCUUUUGAAAGUAUUAAAGAUGUUAUUUAUGUUACCAUGAGUAAUGGUCAUAAACUUUACAAAGCUUACUUGUCUGAAGGAAAAAUUGAAUAUUGGGAUAUCGAAAAUCAAAAAUGGGGUAGAUCUAAUAAAACCAAAAUUGCAUUUAAAGCUAUUGAUGAUUCAUAUUUUAAAAAUACAGAUUCUUUAAACAUGGUUAAGAAUUGUUUUUCUGGAAUAACUCAAGAUCCAAAUACUAAAGAAUAUAUGAUAAUUUUAAAAUCUCUUCAGUUAUGGGAAUCGUAUCCUAAUGAUGAUUAUCAGGAACAUGUUACUAUUAAUUCACUUACCAACUCUGAAGAUAUGACUGAAAAAGUAAUUUUUAUGAAAGAUUUAGAAAAAAGAAAACAAGUAUAUGGAAUAUGUGGAGAAUGCCGAUGAACCAGGCACAGGAUUUAUGUGGUGUCAACCUUGUAAUUCUAAAAGAUUUGAAGAAAACUUUAAAAAUUGGACUAGCGGUGUAAUAACUGAAAAUAUAAUAAAUAAAUGACGCAGUAAAUCCUGUGGCGCAGUAGGUCACAUGAUAUGGUUACACAAGAAGAAAUAGUUUGGAAUACAAAAGUCACGUGACAAGUCACAUGGCGCAGUAAAAUGACGGAUAAAUAUUUAGCCGAUGGAUAAAUAAUUAGCCAAUAAAAUUAUAUUUAUAGUUUAGUUUAGUGUAACGAGAUAGUCAUAUGAUAUUAGAUCUUCAAAUUUUAUUAGAAAUAUUAGAAAUAUUUUUCUUAAAAAUGUAUAAAUACAAGUGGAUUUCGAUAGGAAAUUCCGCAGUUC